AGAUACAUAUUGAUUGAUUUUUUCUUGGUAGCAAAUAGAUUUUAUAAAAGAAGAAUGGACGUAUUAUGUGCUCAAAACGACAUCUGCGCCACGUCUGUCAGAUCAUUUGAUAACCACAACAUCCCGUUUUGGCAUUCUGGAAACUAUUUUAAAGCAAAAUUUUAGUGAUGAAGUUGUAGUAAUUCGUAAAAAUGCCUACACUUUUCCUAUACAAGAUUGGCUGGCCAAAUGCUUGGGAAAGUGCGUGUUCGUGUGAACCACCGUGCUCAUUGUUCUUUCCCUCGUUCAUAUAAUGACCGAAUUGAAAACCACUGCAUCCGAAGAACUUACCUUGUCUUCAAAGGGAUAUAAACUAAUUAAAUUUGUCGGUGAAGGAGCAUACGCUAAGGUGUUUCUAUCAGAAUACGAAAAAGAGGAUCAAAAGCUAACUCUCGCCUGCAAAAUUAUCGAAACAUCGAAGGCGCCAAAAGAUUUCGUGGUCAAGUUUCUACCGAGAGAAAUAGACGUACUUGUACGACUGAACCAUCCGCACCUCAUACACGUCCACAGCAUAUUUCAGAGAAAAACAAAAUAUUAUAUUUUUAUGCGAUAUUCUGAGAACGGAGAUCUUCUAGGAUACAUUUUGAAGAACGGGUGCGUGUCAGAGAACCAGUCGCGGGUGUGGAUGCGUCAGCUGGCGCUGGGGCUGCAGUACCUGCACGAGCUCGAGAUCACGCACCGCGACAUCAAGUGCGAGAACGUGCUGCUCACCGCCAACUACAACGUGAAGCUCUCCGACUUCGGCUUCUCGCGGUUUUGUGUGGACGAGGACGACCAGACCAUCCUCAGCGAGACCUACUGCGGGUCCAUGUCCUAUGCCGCGCCCGAGAUCCUCCGAGGAAAGCCCUAUUUGCCGAAGCCCACGGACCUGUGGUCGCUCGGUAUCGUUCUCUUUGUUAUGCUGAACAAGUCCAUGCCGUUCGACGACACGCGCAUGCGCAAGUUGUAUGAGCAACAGAUGGGAAAAAAGUAUAGAUUCCGAUCUCGCGUUGCUAACGUUAUCUCGGUGGAGUGUAAGACUGUGAUCAAACACUUGCUGGAGCCCGACCCGGGCUUGCGCCACACCGCCAACCAAGUGCUCGGCUCCGACUGGAUUGCUAUGGAUAGCAGGCUCACCAGUGAGUGCCCUUUCAUUUUCUUACCUUAUAUUCUUAUUUUAUUGACUGUGAUGUACAUUUUUCCUAUAGCAUUGAAUGCAGUUGAAGCGACAGCACUGAAAAGAGCUAAAGAAGAGCGUCGUAGAUUGUCUGAUUCACAUAAAAAUAUUUCGAAGCGACAAGGAGAUAUCCUAGAAGGUGGUGCAAAAGGCUCCGUUUACAGGGUAAGGAUAGAAGAAGAGUUAAAAUUAACCACAUCCGAGCAAUUGACAUUGCAAGCCCGAGGGUACAGUGUGAUAAAGAAAAUUAAUGAGGGAUCCUAUGCUAAGGUUUAUUUAGCAGAAUAUAGAAAUCCGAAUAAAACAGACCGAACGGCGAUAUUGGCUUGCAAAGUGAUCGACACCAGCACAGCUCCGAAAGAUUUCGUCAAGAAAUUCCUGCCGAGAGAAAUAGAAAUGUUGAUAAAGUUGAAUCACCCGCACCUCGUUCACACGCACAGUAUUUUCCAAAGGCGGUACAAGUACUUCAUCUUCAUGCGCUACAUGGAGCACGGCGACCUGCUGGAGUACAUCCUGCAGAAGGGCGCCGUUCACGAGGACCAGGCGCGGAUCUGGACGCGGCAGCUGGCGCUCGCCAUACAGUACAUGCACGAGCUCGAGAUAGCCCACAGAGAUAUCAAAUGCGAGAACGUCCUCCUCACAGCCAACCAGAACGCGAAGCUCUCAGACUUCGGCUUCGCGCGGCUGUGUGUCGACAAGAAGCUCAAUGACAUCAGCAGCGAAACCUUCUGCGGCUCACUGUCGUACACCGCCCCGGAGAUUCUGCAGGGUGCGCCGUAUUUCCCUAAACCCACAGACGUAUGGUCGCUUGGUAUAGUUCUUUAUGUAAUGUUGAAUAGGGCGAUGCCGUUCGAAGACAAACAUAUUAAACAACUCUAUCAGGCGCAAGUGAACAAGAAUUGGAAAUUUCGCUCCCGCUACAUCGAUACUAUCUCCGAGAAUUGCAAACGGUUGGUGGUGCGUAUGCUGGAACCCAAUCAUUUGAACAGAAUCAAAGUAGAUCAAUUAAUAAAUAGCGAGUGGAUCGCUAUGGACUCAAGGUUAUUAGAGUGGACCCCGCAAGAAACGAUAGCUUACAAAAAAGCUUUAGAGGAAAAAAGUCACUUGUUAAAGAGCUUGGAAAGUCCUGAGCGAAACACGAAGGAAAGAGAUCCUAACUGCGUACCACAACACACGUCUAUGGUGAAAAAUUCUAUGGACUUAACUGGAUCCACAUCUUCUUGGUGAAUAUUUUUUUAUGGCUUUCCUUACACUUAUGAUUCUACUACAUAAAUAUAAUACCUAAUCUAUACGCAUUUUUAUGUUUUUUUUAUUUAUAAAAUUUAGAGUUGAAUUUCCUACAUAUAUAUUUUAUAUUUUUGUUAAAUCACAUACUUUAAAUAGCUCAAAUAUUUCACAGACAUUUAUCUAGAAAUUGAAUGUCUGUGCAAUUUAUAGCAUAAUAAUUCGAACAUCGAUCUUUUAGGAGCUAAAACUUAUUCGAAGUUGAACAUGUAGUUGAAACUUUUUAAUUUCAUCAAUAAAAUGUGAAACAAGUUUUGACAAUGCCUGUGUCAAAGCCCUCUUAAAAUAGCUUUUUACUUUACAAUAAACUUAAAAUUAUAAUUCAAAUGACACAAAUAUAAUUUUAAACAUAAUGGCAUGUGCUAACACCAGAAAUUAACCAGUGUUUUUCUCCACCAUGUUACCGACGAAAGUAAAGAAGAAAUAAU